CCCUCCCCUGGAUUAAGCUCCAAAACGCCCGCCUGCAAGGUGCUGGGCGAGCUGGCAGCCGGGAGCCGACGCCAGCGCCAGGUCUCUGCGGGAGCCCGUGUCCCCUCCCCGCCUGACGACCCGAAUCUGGGGUCCUGGGAUUCACUCCACCACCAGCCGCGAGGGCUCCGCGGCGCUGCCCAUGGCCCAGCCCGAGAGCCGGUUUAGGGCGCCCGACGGGCGGGACCGGCGCGCAGCUCAGUAAUCAGCAGCCUGCAACGCCCAUGAGCCAGUGACCCGCGGCCUGUCCUGCGUGGCGUUCAUGCUCCUGGGACGCAAGGCCCAGUGAAGCCACCGCCCGCAGUGUCCAGCAUGGCCGCGCUGCUGCUGGGGGCGAUGCUGCUGCUGGUGCAGCCCCAGCUGGUGCCUUCCCGCCCCGCCUCCCCAGCGCCAGAGGCUGGCCUGCAAGAGGCGCUGCGCAAGGCCGGGAGCCUCCAGGAUGACCUCCGAGAGCCCGCGGCCACCAAUGGCUCAGCGCAGCAGCAGCAGCUGCCGCAGACCAUCAUCAUCGGGGUGCGCAAGGGCGGCACCCGCGCGCUGCUGGAGAUGCUGAGCCUGCAUCCCGACGUGGCGGCCGCCGAGAACGAGGUGCACUUCUUCGACUGGGAGGAGCAUUACCGCCUGGGCCUGGGCUGGUACCGCAGCCAGAUGCCCUUCUCCUGGCCGCACCAGCUCACGGUGGAGAAGACGCCCGCCUACUUCACGUCGCCCCAAGUGCCUGCGCGCGUGUACCACAUGAACCCGGCCAUCCGGCUGCUGCUCAUCGUGCGGGACCCGGCGGAGCGCGUGCUGUCCGACUACACCCAAGUGUUCUACAACCACAGGCAGAAGCACAAGCCCUACCCGUCCAUCAAGGAGUUCCUGGUGCGCAGCGACGGCCGGCUCAACGUGGACUACAAGGCCCUGAACCGCAGCCUCUACCACGCGCACCUGCAGGGCUGGCUGCGCUUCUUCCCGCUGCGCCGCAUCCACCUGGUGGACGGCGACCGCCUCAUCAAGGACCCCUUCCCCGAGAUCCAGAAGGUCGAGCGCUUCCUCCGGCUGGCCCCCCAGAUCAACGCCUCGAACUUCUACUUCAACAAAACCAAGGGCUUCUACUGCCUGCGGGACAGCGGCCGGGACCGCUGCUUGCAUGAGUCCAAAGGCCGGGCGCACCCGCAAGUGGACCCCAAACUCCUCCACAAACUGCACGAGUAUUUCCACGAGCCAAAUAAGAAAUUCUUCGAACUCGUGGGCAGAACAUUUGACUGGCACUGAUUUCUAAGCAGCAAAGCUCGGGACCUUUGCUAUAUACUGCACCUUCGGCUGUAUAUCUAGGGGAGGGGGAGAGAAAGAAUUUUAAAAAGGGCAUUGAAGCUAUAAUUUAUUUGUAAAAUCCCAUAAAUUACUUCUGUACAGUAUUAGAUUCACAAUUGCCAUAUAUACUAGUUAUAUUUUUCUACUUGUUAAAUGGAGGGCAUUUUGUAUUGUUUUUCAUGGUUGUUAACAUUGUGUAAUAUAUGUCUCUAUAUGAAGGCACUAAAAGUAUUUCACUGGGGAAAAACAGAUUUUUCUGGAGACGCUGUCUUUUUUUGAAUAUAAUUAUCUUGCCCCCAACUCAAAA